CGGUGGAGAAGAUGGCGGUGAAGAAGGCGCCGAGGGCGAUGGAGAGGGUGGGGAAGAGGGCAUGGACGAGGACGAUGAGGAUAUGCUCAUUAUGAGUGGCGGAGCUGGCAUUCCUAUAGGACCUGACGGUGUUCCUCGCCCACUCCUUCCACCUAUCGCGCCACAGCAUGCUGGUCGUAAGUGUCUCGUGCUUGAUUUGGAUGAGACCCUAGUGCAUAGCAGUUUCAAGUCCAUCCAGCAUGCUGACUACGUUGUGCCUGUCGAAAUCGAGUAUCACUGGCACAAUGUCUAUGUUAUCAAACGUCCAGGGGUUGAUAACUUUUUGAAGAAGAUGGGAGAGCUGUAUGAAGUAGUGGUGUUCACAGCAAGCUUGAGUAAGUACGCUGACCCUGUACUGGAUAAACUCGACAUACAUCAGGUGGUGACGCACAGAUUAUUCCGAGAGAGCUGUUAUAACCAUAAGGGAAACUAUGUCAAGGAUCUUUCUCAACUCGGCCGACCCAUAGCCGAUACCAUCAUCCUCGACAAUUCUCCUGCUUCGUAUAUUUUCCACCCUAACAAUGCUGUCCCCGUCUCGUCUUGGUUCAACGACCCUCAUGAUACGGAGUUGACGGACCUGUGUCCGUUCCUUGCUGAUCUCGGUGGAGUAGGAGAUGUCAGAGGAGUUUUGGAUGGGGGUAUGUAAGUGCGAGAAGCGCCGGAGGAGUGGGUUGGGGCGAAGGUUUUUGGGAAGGAAGGGAUGGAUAGAGGAGUAGAGUGAAGGAAAUUACGAUGACGGGAUAUGCAGAGCUACACAUCUGCGUGACAAUUUUAGGAGAUGGUUCCGGGCGUUGGUGUCAUCCUCUUUUCUUAUCAUGCGCUUAUCUUUACACAAGGCAUCCUCAAUUCACACUUUCUUCCAAACACUUUCUCUCACCAUCUCGGUAUUCUGGUAUCCCUCUCGCCUCCGUCAUCGUCGUGGUUUCCUUUCUCUCGGAUGGAAUGUAUAUAUGUUAGUCCGGUUUUGGUCAUACCUUCGCUAUUGGUUCUCGUCUUCGCAUCUUGGUCACAUCCUUAUACUGGCCCUGCCGUCAUUGUGUUCCUUGUAAUGGCCGGCCGUGUUGUCGCUCCAUAUACCCUCGCGCAAUUCAGCAAGCGAAAAUCAAAUUCUUAGAACUCAACGUUCUGCCACCUUUCCCCUCAACACCAUCCAUUUCACUGUCAUCAGCUUGUUUCGCACAUAUCGCCCAACUAACGCAACACAACCCCUCCAUUCUCAACUCGUAUUUGUCUCGAAUUAAGUAUGCAGGUCUCAAGGAUGUAGUGGCUUUUUCUCGCUUCCUUUAACUCUCAUUUCUUGGUUUAAUCUAUUCUCGCCCCAUUUUGUGACGAUGUCUAGGUCUGUUCGUAGUGAAAUUCGAUUUCUCACCUCUUUCCUCCUUUUUUUGUUCCCUCCCCCAUCAUCCCUGCCGUCGUCUUUGCGCUCGAUUUCUUAUUUGCCUUAUGCAUGCCCCUCAUGACCGUUCACGAAAAUGUCUCUGACCCUUCUCAUAUAUCGAACACUAUUCUCGACUUUCUGCUCAAAAGUUCUACGCACAUGCAUACAACUCACAUACAGAUACAAAGCAACAAGUCCACACUCCUUUUCCUUCAAGUUUUUCUCUCCCCAUUUUCCAUCCUCCUUUUUCUUUUUAUCACCCUCUAGUUUCCCGUUUCGUUUUGCUAUUUCUUCUUUCAUUCACGUAUAGGACGCCAGGUCCUUUUUUUUUU